UGCAUUUUGUGUAGAUUACGUGUACACGUAAAUAUUCCAAAGCUAUGUAUCCAGGACACAUUGAAACAUCACAUGAAACAACUACACAACAGACUUAGUCAUUACUUAGUUAAGAAACAGUUAUAUCACUGUUAACUAGGGUUGAAUUAGUAUGGAAUCAUACUGUAUCUGUGAACGGACGAUAUUCAAUCAACAAAGUGCAUUAGCACUUGUAAAUCAAUGUUAUAAUUCAAUUAUUAUACAAUUAAUUUGUUUAUCGUAAUUCAUGAAUUUCUCAGAAAUUUUACGAAAUUUAUUAUUCCCACCUCAUCCUCCUACUAAUUCUUCAAUUCAUAAUACUGAAUUACAUAAAGCAUCAGUCUAUAAUAACGAUAAUACUAAUCAUAUUAAUAACAAAUUAUGCUUAUUAUUAAGUCAUGGAAAUGCUGUACAUGAAUUAUUCUUCAUUGAAUGUAUUAAUCAAUUUCUACAAAACUAUGCUACAACAAUAAUUCAUCCGUCUCCUAUUCCUACUACCAUGAAUAUCAUUAAGGAUGAUGAUGAUGAUGAUGAUGAUAAUAAUAAUAAUAGCACAGUUCCUGAUAAUCAGCAAAACACAACUAAAUGCUUAAUUUUUUGUUUUCAUAAAUCAUGGAAUAUUUAUCAUAAAUUAAUCAAUCCAUUAUAUGCAAAUAAUAUAACAUUGAAAAAUAAUUUAACCAUUAUUGAUAUGACAGUAAUGCUAGAGAAUUUACUACUCAAAUCAAAUUCAUACUCUGAAUUAGAUAAUAGUGAUAAAGAUUUGAUUACUGAUGAAAAUAUUGGAACUAUUAUUAAGAAUUAUAUCAAAGACAAGACUGAUGAAUUUCUGAAGAAUAAUUACACAACUAAUCCUUCGAAUGGUGUGCAACAAAAAAAUAUUGGCAUUUUCAUUGAUAAUAUAACAGCUUUAUAUGAUCUAGGAGUUACUGUACGUGAAUUAGAACAAUUUUUAUGUAGUUGGCUUUAUCAUUCACGUGAUCAGCAAACUGCCAUCAAUAUAGCGAAUAUAUUAGUUUGUAUCGGAAUACAUAUUGGAGAUUUUUUCCAAGAUUCAAUUGUAUCAGAAUACGAACCUGCUUUAGUACAUCUAGUUGCUCUAUGGAAAUCACGGGCUUCAAUCACACUAGAAUGUAAACCAUUACUAACAGGUUAUACAUCAUUGGUUGAUGGUCAGUUAAUUUGUUGGAAACGUUCAAUAGAGGAUAAUAUUAAUCUUCAGAAUGUUACCACUUCGAGCACAUAUCAUUUUCAUGUUGAAGGUAAACAUAUAAACUGUUAUACUCCAGGAACUUCAAAAUUGCUAACAUGAGUAUUUUAAUCUAUCUUGUAAAUAAGUUUUUUUAUGGCAAAAAAAUAAAACAUUCAAUG